AUGUCUGAAUAUUUUGGAGUCCGUUCACGUCCUUAUCACGAACGUUGUGAAACUCUAGCAGAGUUCAAUUUUUAUAUUGGUGAUGAUGAUGAUGAAGAAUCUAUUGAUAAUGAAGACAACUACAUUUACUGUUUUUGUAGCAGAGUUUUUAUCAGAGAUGGAAUCAAGACCUACUUUGUUGACAAUCAGUGUGUAAGUGAGAGUGAUGUAGAAGUGGUACAAGAUUCAAACUCUCAAGAUUGGGAGGAUCAGUCCCACGUACAUUUCUCUCUAGACACUUCUUAUAAAGUUAAAUGUGAGAGAGAUGAUGGUGCAAGCUGUUACUGUAGUGCUUCACACACAGAGAACUGUUGUUCCACAGAUGAACAUGAUCUGGUGCAUAUCCAGGCAGUUUCACAUGCUCUACAGCCAAGUGAUAGUGGUGCUGAUCUCACUUAUCAAGACUAUCACUCUGAUACUCAUGAUAAACUUGAACGCAUGGAACACAAUUUCGUAACCACAGGCACAGAUGAAAACUACCAGUCAGAAAAUACUUGGGAAAAAUUCUGGGCCGUCAAUGGUGAAAGACUUAUUUGGGCUUCGUGGAUCAACACUUAUAGUGAUUACAUAAACCCUGCAUAUUUAGGUGAAAACAAUGAACUUGUAAUGGAUGAAAAUAAUAUACCUAAACAACAUUCUUUUGAUCAGAUUUAUAUGAAACAAUCAGAUCUUAGUCCAAAGGAAGAAGAUGAAAUGAGGGAAAGAAAAUUUUCGUAUGAUUCAAAAGUUAAUCCUUAUAAAAAAAAGAGUGCAAAUGUGAAUCAAAAUCAACAGGAAAAGGUUGAUAAAAGUAGUGACUCAAGUAAUGAUGAUCCAUGGCCGCUAAUCGGUAGAAGACGUUCAUGCUCAGAAAAUGUACGAAUAUUGAGUCCAAGAACUUUAGCUGGCACUGACUCAAUGACAAAUGUUACCAAACUCACAUUUUCCAGUUACGAUGUCACAUCUAGUCAUGUCACAUCGGACUCUACGCCCACCGACGAUUAUAGCGUCUCUUCAUCCUCCGACGACCCUUCUAAUGAUCAGACAAGGAUAGUAAAUAUAGAUGACAAACUUGAUUUUGAUGACCAAAUACCAUCUGAAGAGUUAGAUACAGAACAAUAUUGGCAGUUCUUGUGGAAGAAACAUUUUGGAGAACAGUAUGCAUUACAUUUAGCUAAAUAUACUGAACAUCACAAUAAAUUAGAUAGUGAAAUGCCUGAAACCAACACAGAUAUUACACUUGAAGAACCUGUAAAAAUAAAAGACAGAAUUUUAGAUACUGAAAAUGAAAAUAGUGAAAGUAAUUCUCAAGAGAUGGCAGCUGUCUUAGAGCUGCCUAACCAAGUAGAUUACGAAAACAGUGAGAGUUACUCCCAAGAAAUGCCGACUGUUGUAGAGAUAAGAAAUCAAGUAAACAACAUCAAGUUAGAAGAGAAGGUUAAACCUAAGAGGAGGAAGAAAACAAGCUCAAGGUACAUUACUUCUGUAGGUGUUUUACUACAAAAUUUAUUAAAAGAUGAAACCAAAACUCUCAGUUAUGAUAGUGAACCAGUUGAUGCUGGAGAUAAUCAAUCUAAGGAUUCUUCAUCAACAACAACACAAGUUGUUGAAGGUGCACCAGAUUCAUCAAAUUGUAACAACCCUGUGAUAGCUGCUAAUACUAACUCUUCCAGUUGCAAAGAUGGUGAUGAUGAUCCACCAGAAGAACAAACGACAUGGCCAAAGAAAACAAUCAAUGAACCACCUAUUAUCCAGGAGAAUGAAGAUCAACUGAAAGUGAAAGAGACUCUUGAAAUGAUGGGAUUUUGCGUACAUACUGACAAACUGCCAAAAGGAGAGGUUAUGUUUAGAAAGCGCGUGCAACAACUGCGGCCCCCACGAUAUAAGCGGUUCUCAAGUAGUAAAAAGACUUAUUUUGAUGAAGAUGGAAAUCCACAUUCAAUGAAAGCCAAAGAUUCUCAAGAUGAGAGAGAUAUGCAGACUGAUGAUGACUGCAAUGAGGCUAUAUCAGAGGUAGAUAAAGGGGGUGACACCACCAAUGCUGUUUACAAUGAGACAGAGCUAACUAAGGCGCGACCGCUGGAUGAAUGUGAGAACAGCAUGGUGGCAGAAGCAGCCAACAUGCCUUUGCCUGACGAUGAUGAUGAAAAAGAGACAGAAGAUUAUGAGGACAAACCAGUAACUCAGCAAGUGCCUGUCAAGAGAAAGAGAAAACCAAAGCGAUCAUCAAAGUUAGAUGAUGUAGACACGUCUGUCAUGCCAGAGGAAUUGAGGAACGAUCCUAAGAUGCACAAGUAUUGGAAGAAGAGGCACUCCUUGUUCUUCAGAUUCGACGAAGGCAUAAAGCUAGACCGCGAGAGUUGGUUCAGUGUAACACCAGAGAACGUGGCACUCCACAUCGCUCACAAGUACCCGCACGAUGUCGUUCUUGACGCCUUCUGCGGCGCCGGAGGGAACACCAUACAGUUCGCACUAGCUUGUAAAAAAGUAAUAGCAAUAGAUAUAGAUCCUCACAAGAUCGAGUUGGCCCGCCACAAUGCGACAGUGUACGGAGUGUCGGACCGCAUCGAGUUCAUUGUCGGCGACUUUUUUGAACUCGCUCCCACGAUCCAAGCUGACAUGGUUUUCCUAAGCCCACCCUGGGGUGGGCCCAGCUAUUGCGAUAACCAAGAGUACGACCUAGAGACCAUGUUGCAGCCCCGGCCGUUAUCGGAACUGAUCAGAGUAUCACGAACGAUAUCCGAAAAUAUAUCAGUCUACUUGCCCAGGAACUCGAGAACUGAUCAGUUAUUGUCUAUGGCAAAAGAACUCGGAGGCUACAUAGAAAUUGAACAAAGUUUCCUCGACAGAAGAUUUAUAGCUAUCACUGCAUAUUACUAUCAACAAUAUUAA